UAAUAUAAAAGCAGGUGAAUACUAAGCAAAGACAUCCAGUAUACAUCUUGGGUUUGUUGGAUUAACCAACCCUUAAAUUAAGUUUUACUUUUAAUUUUAAAACACUUUGUGUUUAAUCCAAUCUUAUAGAAAAUGAAAUCGAUGCUCGUUUUUGGGCUUUUGGCUGCAGUUUUACUGCUUACCAACGCUGAACCUGCCAAAGAAGAAUCCAAGAAAGCUGCUGUUGAACCUGCACCUGCUGCUGCUUCCGCUGCUGCCCCUGAAAAGAAACAAGGCAAGCGUGGCAUCUUCUCAUCCGGAUACGGAUAUGGUGGUGGUAUUGAGCUCGGCCAUGGACUAGGUGGUCAUGGUCUUAUUGGUGGACACGGUCUUGUUGGACACGGUCUUGGAGGACAUGGUCUUGGUGGACAUGGUGCCAUCCUUACCACUGGUGGAGAAUACGCUCAUGGAUAUGGUCACGAAACAGUGAAGACCAUCACUCUUGUCAAGAACGUUGCUGUGCCCUACGCAGUCGAAAAGCACGUUCCAUACCCAGUCGAGAAACAAGUUCCAUACCCAGUUAAGGUUGCUGUUCCACAACCCUACCCCGUUGUCAAACAUGUUCCAUACCCAGUUAAGCAAAUCGUAAAGGUUCCCGUACACAUUCCUCAACCCUACCCAGUAGAAAAGGAAGUUCCAUACCCAGUUCAUGUACCAGUUGACCGUCCAGUCCCAUACAAGGUUCUUGUACCACAACCCUACCCAGUCGAGAAGACCGUCCAUGUUCCAGUUAAGGUCCCAGUUGCUGCUCCAUACCCAGUUGAAAGGAAGGUCCCAUACCCAGUUAAGGUUCCAGUUCAUGUGCCACAACCCUACCCAGUCGAAAGGGUCGUUCAUGUCCCAUACAAGGUUGCCGUCGACCAUCCAGUGCCAUAUGAGGUGGCCAAACCAUACCCAGUGCCAGUUGAGAAGCCAGUCCCAUACACCGUCAUAAAGAAGGUUCCAGUCGCUGUCCAUGUCCCAUACGACCGUCCUUACCCAGUUCAAGUUGAUCGCCCAGUGCCAGUUCCAGUCAAGGUCCCAGUUCCAGCUCCAUACCCAGUUGAAAAGCACGUUCCAGUGCCCGUAGAAAGGCAAGUACCAGUGCCAGUUCAUGUUCCAUACGACCGUCCAGUUCCAGUGCACAUUGAAAAGCAUGUGCCCGUUGCUUACGACAGGCCUGUACCUUACAAGGUUCCAGUUGCCGUGCCCGUUCAUGUAGAAAGCCAUGGCAUUUCUGGUCAUGGAUUCUCCGGAAUCGGUCUAGAAGGACACGGAAUUGAUCUCCACCACCAUUAAGCUUUGAUUAAAAAACAAACAACCUGCAUCCGAAGAGGAUUUUCUUAACAAACAAAAGAGCCUAAGACAAGACAAACGAUUUUCCAUCUCUAUACUCUAUCUCUUCCCUCUUGUGUGUCUUUCUAUUUAAUUAAAAAAUUGUUACUAGUUAUUAGUUUGUGAUAAAUGGAAAAUACGGAACCAUUAUUAUUCUUGAUUGGAUCACGCAGCCGCCGCUCUAUAAGUAUUUAUAAAUAAAUCAAAGAAACUAACGGAUUGAAACCAUGACAUUGGAUUGCGAUGAGCCUUUCACACUCUUUAUUUCUCUAUAUAUUCUUCUUAGCCAAAAUAUAAGGAGUUGUCCAUUGAAAUGAUAACUGAUCGAAUGGUAGGCGCUUCAAAAUAUCAAAAAAAAGAUGCGAGCAUCCAUUUUGUCUUUAACCUUAAAAAACUUGCCCAAUAUAUAGGUUCAAUUUAUUAUUGUUAAAACAAAUUAAAAAAAAAAAACAAACAAAUUACGAAGUAGGCGCGAAUAUCGAUUUUUCAUUUUUUUACAAAAAGAAAUAAUAUUAUAUUUUUUAUUUAAAUAAAUAUAUUUGUAAAUAAAACCAAAAAAAAAUUAA